AUGGGGGCGCGGCCUCAUUGGACCUCAGAGGUGUGGGGGCGCGGCCUCAUUGGACCUCAGAGGUGUGGGGGCGCGGCCUCAUUGGACCUCAGAGGACUGGGCUCAGGGGGCGGGGCCUCAGAAGGAAGGGGCGGGGUUUCUGACAGAGAGGGUGUGGUUUCUGACAGAGAGGGUGUGGUUUCUGACGGAGAGGGUGUGGUUUCUGACGGAGAGGGUGUGGUUUCUGGCGGAGAGGGUGUGGUUUCUGACGGAGAGGGUGUGGUUUCUGACGGAGAGGGUGUGGUUUCUGACGGAGGGGGUGUGGUUUCUGACGGAGAGGGUGUGGUUUCUGGCGGAGAGGGUGUGGUUUCUGACGGAGAGGGUGUGGUUUCUGACGGAGGGGGCGUGGCUUCCGACGGGGGUACAGAAGGGGGGAGUAUUGGGGGACAUCUGUUGAGGGUCCUGCUUUGUGGCGGCUGGAACCAGAGGCUUUUGAAACAUCACAAUCUGAGGUAA